AUGUCCGUUAACGGAGUUCAACCAUGUUUGGUGUUGCUGGUCAUAAUGACACUAACACUGGUUCUUCCUGAGUCAGCUACACCCUUGAAGAAGAAAUUUUUGAACGUAAUCAAACAGGUAAACAGCGACGGCCCGUAUGUUGGUCUUGUCACAGUGAUUUCGUCCGAAGAAGAGGCCUUUUUCGCCACUGAAACUUUUAAGCCUCAUCAAACCUGUUCUUUUGUGGAUUUGGCAGGCAGACGAUUCCUGGUGGGAACGGUAGAGGAGAAGAAGGUCAUCUAUGUGAGAUGUGGAGUUGGAAUGGUGAAUGCAGCUGCAGCAACACAACAAAUGCUGGAUCUGUUUGACGUAGUGGGUAUUAUCCAUUUCGGCAUUGCUGGCAAUGCUAACAAUACCAUGUCCAUUGGAGAUGUCCUAAUUCCGAAGCAAGUUGCUCACACUGGCAUAUGGGAAUGGGUGAACAACAAUGGAACAUUGAUUAGCAGAGCCUUUGCUCAAUUACACUUUGAUAAUUACAAUGUACCGCGAGGUGAAGAAUCUAAUCGGUUGGGGCGUAUUGGAUAUUUUGCUGAGGAAUUAUUCUCCAAGUCAGGGAAGUCUAAUACUGAUCGGCCAUUGUUUUGGGCGCAAACAAGCCAGCAUUGGUUUCAACUUGCUGCUAAAUUGGAGGGGACUGAACUGGAUCGCUGCCUGAACUUGAGCUUUUGCCUUGUACGGAAGCCGAAAUUAACAGUGGGACUCAAGCUAUCAACGGCCAACAUUUUUGUGGACAAUGCAGCUUACAGAGAGUUUCUUUUUCAAACUUUUCAGGUUUCUGCUGUGGAUAUGGAGAGUUCAGCUGUAGUAAUGACAAGUCUAUCAAAUGGCUUCCCUGUGAUUGUCAUCAGGGCACUGUCAGACUUAGCGGGAGGACAAGAAGGACAGAAUGAGAUCGGCAUAUUUAGGCCCCUUGCAGCUCUCAAUGCUGCCAAAACAGUUGUUCGCUUCAUUCGCUUACUGCCUAAAUUUGCAGCUCGACACUAA